AUGCUGAGUUGGGAGUUGCUCCUUUGGUGGAUAUGGGGCCCUUACUUGGCAAGCGUAAGAAGGACCAGAACGACAAGGCGCCUCCCAAAGCAAAUGGUGACAGAGAUACUUUGCCCCUGUUUCUGCUUCCAGCCACCAAAGAAACUUUAAGGAGCACAGCCUCUUCGCUGGCUUUUGUCGCAAGCUUGUCAGACGUGGCGAGCUUGGAGGCUGUGGAGCAGGAGCUGGGCAGGACCUGGCUGGGACAGGCUUUGCAUCUGGGCUAUUGUUUUCUCAUCAAGAAUGAAGUUUGGCUCUCCCUGGGAUUCUGUCAAUUCGCUGCUCUAAUGUGGAAAUUGGAGGCGGUGCAAGUGGCUGAGGGUUGGGAGCAGGUGUUCUUUUGCGAGAGCGGCGCGUUCGGGGACUCGGAGCUGCGCUGGUUUACAGUAUGUGAGCUUCGUGAAGGAAGGGGCCUCAGCUGGCGCAUUGUCGCCUCCUACACCUUGGAAGAGUUUGCUGUGCGGGCGCGGCUGCCGUUGAAAGCAGAAUUUUGGGCGGCAGUUUGUCAGGCAGUGGGUGUGGCUGUUCCUCAUGCGGGCGUGCGCGCAGAAGAUGGUGUCCCCUUUGCCCGAGCGCUUGUGCAACAUUUCGAGCCAG